AAAAAUGGUGAACGUAUGGUUUUAUUUUGUUUGGUAUAUUGUAGAACACUGUUGUCGAAUGGUUGUCAGACGUCAGAGAUUCACAUCAAAGACACAGGCUCACAGGUUAUCAAACGAGUUCACCAAGAGAUUCAGACAGAUCCGGAACCAGAGAAGACUGUUGAUCUAAGUCUACUUGGAAGUCAACCACCGGGGUUGGCUGAAUUCCUGGAACGUGUUUAUCCUGAAUUUGCAAAAUGUCUGGAUGAAAAUGCAAGGAGUCAUGCAUUUGAUGGAUAUGAGGUUGAUUGGCAAGAGGAGAAUGAAGUAGUGACAUGCCUCUAUGUUUUAGAGCAUGCACCUUUGAACAGAGAACUUCAGUGUACCAAUCUCUCAUGGAACUGUAAUGGGUCCACGGUGGCAGUGGCUUAUGGGAGAAUGGAUCACCAGGACUGGUGUACUCAUAAGGGCUGUCUCUGUACUUGGAAUGUGGAUCGGGGUAAAGUCUGUCCGACAAAAGCAGACUCAUCAAUCGAUACAACGAGCUGCCUAAUGUGUGUCACAUUCCAUCCCACUCUACCAGCAUUGGUAGCUGGAGGAACAUUUAAUGGUGAAGUGAUGAUUUGGGAUCUGAGUAAAGAUGAUGAGAAUCUUAUUGCUACAUCAGGCAUCAGUGAUGAUACGCACAGAGAACCGGUUACGCAGAUUACAUGGCUUCAAGAUCCUGAUAAACCAAAGAAAUAUGAUAUAAUCAGUACCAGUGCAGACGGGAAGGUUCUUCACUGGUUGUUCAACGAGAAGGGCUCCCUCACAUUAGAAGGAGGGUUCGUCUUGCUGGCUAGCUCCCUGCCUGCUAUGGUCAAUCAAGGGUCAAGGUCAAGGGCUGACGGGGAGAUGGGAGUGAAUGGACUAUCCUUUGUUGAAGAGGACAAGAGUAUGUUUGUGUUAGGCUCAGAAUCGGGAGGAGUUUUCAAAUGCUCCAUGAACUCAAAGGCCUCUGUUCCUACAGGUGAGGUUCUGCUAUCUGUGCCUCUUUACUCCCCCGUCACAUUUGCUUUUCAACCUCACAACGGACCAGUACAUGCUGUGCAAUGCUCACCCUUUCAUCGCAAUCUAUUCCUAUCAUGUGGGACUGAUAUGAGUAUUAGAGUAUACAGUAUGUUAGAGUCAAGACCCAUCUUCUCAAUCGAGCCUGCAUUGGGAUAUCUGUUCUCUGCUCAGUGGUCUCCAGUGCGCCCUCUAGUGUUUGGAGCAGCCACAGGCCAAGGUCAGCUUCUACUGUACGAUCUAAAGAAGAGUAAAGUCAAGCCUGUAUGUACCCUUGAAGCUAGCUUGGAAAAGAAACCACUUCAUGUUGUACAGUUUAAUCAAAAACAUCGGCGUCUCCUAGCAACCGGUGAUGCGCUGGGGACAGUCAUGAUAUGGCAGCUGAGUGAUGAGCUCUCCAUUCAGGCCAAUAGGGAGAUGGAAUCUCUGGCGGACAUCGCUGACUCUGCCCUUGAUCUCUAAACCCAUUCAAAGCAAUUAUUCCACAUUAUCUGCAUUGAAUCAACAUUUCAUUUCAAUCCUCCAAAAUUAAACUGAGGCCAUUAUUCUUUUCAAUACUUCAAACCUGUAAGUUUGAAAGUAUGCAUUUAACUAGACCAUAAAGAAAACUGCUCUAAGUUGUUUUCAAAUAACUUCGAAGUAUGAUAUCUUACUGAGGAGAAAGUCACAUAAUAUUUUGUUGUUAAAUUGUAAGAAUAUAAUUUUGAAAUGAUAUGCAAUCAAUACAUGGCACUGAAAGCACCGUACUAUAAUCCUGCACAGCAAAAGAUUGUUGUGCACAAAAUCUGCACAUGUCAAUCAGUAGAAUAAGUAGAUCAGGGGUUCAAAUCUCUGCUAUGUCAUAAAUCCAAGGUUUACCAGAGCUGAAGCCAGGGUAGUAGUAUUUGAUAUGCACAUUUAUAUACCUUGAAUAGUAGCUAAGACCGCUGAGAAAAAUAUUGGUGCCAUGUGGCGUCAAGGCCGGCCUUGCCUCUGUCCCUACUGUGUGUGUGUAGAGCUUAAUUCCAAUUCUUGUAGUUGGAGUUUUAUGUCAGAGCCUUAAACAUGUUUUAAGAUUAGAAAAAAAAAUCAGUGUUCUUAUCUUAUGUUUUUGUCAUUAUCGUAAGCGUUGUGAGAGGGGUAUUACUUGGGCUGCGUUUAUGCGACCUCAAGCCAAAAUCAUGAUUUGAAUCGUGAUUCAAAACACAAACAUGAAUCACAAUAUCACAGAAUCAGCGUUUAGACGACCUUCAUUCCAAUGCCGUUUCUCCUCAGAUUUGGGCCAAUCCAAUGCGCAUCACUAGUGCGCAGUUUAAUAGAGGAAGUUUUUUGCACAUGUUUCGGCUCUCGAAAAUCUUUUACUUCCAGAAUUCAGUCUAUUAUACCUCAUUUUGUUUACUUCUAUCAUAGGGUCCAUGCUUCUAUCCAUCUUUUCGGUUUAUCGAAAAUGGUAUUUUCAAGUGAAUUUCAGCGUAGAUCCAAUUUAAUAUUGACACUGUUAACUUAACAACUGAGAUCCUUGUCCAGUAAUAGAACUUGAAGUUGAAGACAUGACCAAAAAAUAAAAAGUAGUGGACGAUGUGAUGACCAACACAGAACUUGAACAUUACAAGAAACGCAUGUAUAGCACAUAAUUAUGUACAUAUACACUGAGCAUAUAGAGCGCCUUGAGCUUGGCAAGAGUCAAACCGUAAGUAGCCUGACACAGUGACGUCAUAGAAUCAUGAUUCAAAUCACGAUUGCGUUUAUACAACCUUGUUCGUUCCAGAUUCUACAGAAACGUCUUUGCAAACGCCCCUUUUACCGUGUUUCAUGUUUGUGAUUUGAAAGACGUUUAUUUUCACUUUUGACUAAACGCAAUCGUGAUUCUGCAGAAUCAUGAUUUGAAUCAUGAUUCUAGGGUAAAAAAGUGGCGCAUAAACGCACCCUAGUUCUUACUAAUAUUACAUGAAUAAAUUCAAACCCUACAAUAAUGCUAGAAUUUGAUGAUAUUUAUAUCUGAAAUAGAUGUAGCUAUUUUUGUAUUCUGAGAUAUACUCAUGUUUGAAGUUCAUGAUAGAAAAUAGAUUUCACUUAAUUAAUAUCCAAGAACCAGUUCAUGAAUGGCAAAUGUUAAUGCAGAAGAAUUGUUUUCGCUGAAUGAAUGCAUGCUUUCUUAGAAAGUCAAGAAAUAGCCUAAUACAGCACUUCAGAUCGAUUUACAAAAUUUCUCCUCAAAGGAGGAAGCCACAUAUGUUCAUUAUAUAAGUUGUAUUUUGUAUUUACUUUUGCAAAAUGAAACUUGGAUUGUUUGAUAUUUGAGAUUUAGAUGAAGAUAUGUACUUUUGUAUAAAUUUUGGUGGCUCAGUUGUGAUUCAUUUUGUGAAGGGAAAAGGUAUUUGAAAAAAAUUAUUGUGUGAUUUUAAAAUAGAAAUGUUUGAUGAUAUUGAAUUUAUUUUAUAUAUUGUCAGGUGUGUGUGUAUAGUAGCUAUCGUUCUCUUAUUUUUAACUAGUUGAGAAUGUUGGGGAGGGGAUCCUAAAAAUAGUUGCAAAUAGACUUUUAGUCAUGUCAAGAUACAUUGAUUUGGAAUUCAAUUAUGUAUUAUUAGGUGUGCAUGUGGGGGAGUUUGCUUAGUAAGCCUGAAACAUGCUUAUUAAGAGGGUAUUAAUCCUUAUUCAGAGAGCUGAUAUUCAUAUUUUUUUAUAUGGUAUUAAAUACAUUGCAAGGCUGUCAUGCUUGUAGCUGAAUAUUUUGGCAUGUAUUUCAUAUAGAGGCACUUCUCUGCUUAACCUGGAUGGGAAGAUACUCUUUCAUUUAUUGAGCCCCCCCCCCCCCCAAUCUUACACACACAUUAAUAAAAUAUGUUCAUAUCUGUAUAUACAUAUAAAUCUAAUUUAUCAUAUUUUCUAUCGAAGGACAUGUUUCCUAUAUAUAUUUUAGUAUUCCUAUGUCAAGUGUUAUGUUUAUUUUGCUGUUCACAUGUUUUGUUGUGUAGUAUGUGAUGGUGAUCCUCAAACAUCUUAUAAUAAAUCAUCAUCUUAAUGAGGAA